CCGAGACCCGGACCUGCGCCGGUAGAAUUUCUACCGUUAUUUUUUGCGAUUUCGUGUGAAGUCGAUUUUCCGCUCUCGUUUCACCCUCCUAGUCAGCGUUUUCGUACAUUUUUUACUUACGACCGUUUACGGGUGCUUUAUUUAUUCCGACAGCAACUCCCUGGAACUGGAAAUCGGUUUUUAGCGUCUUAUCACGCUUUAUCACUUAUUGCACUCGUUCGAUAAGAAAAUGAUAACAUCUUAUAGUAAUAAAACAGACCAUGCCGAUACAUUAAAAAUUUUAAUAUAAUUUCUUCAGUCUUCACGUCUUCGCAGUUUUACAGUUCACAUUCUCGGUACGCCGAAGAAUUGUUUUUAUUUUUUUAGAUUCUGUUGCACGCUAUCGAAUUGUUUUCGUAAUAAUGCCCAGCUAUGAGUUGUGUUUGCUGUUCAAAGUCUUGCCAAGGCCUGAAAUAACUCAAUGUCUAAAACGAACAGCCAGUAAAAUCUUUGAAUCUGGUGGGUUUAUACGGCGUAUAGACAACCUAGGAACGGCUGAUACCCCUUGGAGAAUAAGUUCACAUGACUCAAUACACAAACAGGCAAGCUAUUUUAUUGUCGAGUUUGACGCACCCAGUUCAGCUUUGCAUCCAUUCAAUAACUAUUUAUCAAGAGACAUUGACAUAAUUAAACGGACAAUAUUUAAAGUUCCUGAAAAUACACCUCAACCAGCUUGCACACUUCAUGAAGAGCUCAAACCACCAGCAUACAGGUCUGAGGUCAAAGAAAUGAUUGCAAUUGGCAAGCGUAAACGUGAAAAAGAAGCAAAGAAGAAAGUACAGUUCAACACUGGUUUGGAUUAUAUGCCGUUUCAAAGAUAAAAUGAUGUUAAUCGUUAAUUUAAUUAAUAUUGUAAAUAUAUAGAGGUAUUUUAGUAGUUGUAUUAAUAAUAUUAAAGUAAUACAAUUUGUGUACAUUUGAA